AUGAAAAGAUUGCCGGUCCCGCGCCUCUACGCUGCCUCGCUUCGACAUUUUUCUAAAAAGACCCCACUUCCCGACGACGAACUGCUGAUCCCGGAUUCGCCAGUUUGCUCUCACGUAGAUGACGUCGGCGAGGUGCCCACGUUUGACCACAAGCUCAUCACCCACCUGGAACGGCUCUCGCUGUUGCGCUUUUCUGACGAAGAAGCCGUUGCAAAUCUGCGGGAAGCUGUCCGGACGGCGAAUCGGUUGAAACACGUCAAUGUGGACGGUGUCGAGCCCAUGUACAGAGUGCACGAGGACCAAGAAUGUCCAUUGAGGGAGGAUAACGAGGCUUCUGCCCUCAGCCGAGAAGAAGCGCUCUCGAAUGCUGCCAAAACGUUCGAAGACUAUUUCGUGACACCACCCGGGAAUUUGCCAUUGGCGGCCAAGGAGGAUCUGAAUUUGAAGCUCAUCAACGAAUGGGACAAAUUGGGCCAACCUAACGUGCCAGAUCCACGGAAGCGGAAGAACGCUGGCGCGACAAAU